UCACAGGACUUUGUAAUGGCUUUAGUCUUCAGAACAGCAAUGCAAUCUGUUGGACUUUUCUUAUCUUUGCUGGGAUGGGUCUUAUCCUGCCUUACAAACUACCUGCCACAUUGGAAGAACCUGAACCUGGACUUAAACGAGAUGGAAAACUGGACCAUGGGGCUCUGGAGAACCUGCGUCAUCCAGGAGGAAGUGGGCAAGCAGUGCAAGGACUUUGAUUCCUUCCUGGCUUUGCCGGCUGAACUCAGGAUCGCCCGGGUUUUAAUGUUCCUGGCAAAUGGGCUGGGGCUUCUGGGCCUGCUAGUCUCAGGGUUUGGCCUGGACUGUUUGAGAAUUGGACAGAGACAGCAGGAUCUCAAGAAGCGACUGCUCAUCCUGGGGGGCGUUCUGCUGUGGACCUCAGGACUCACGGCCCUUGUUCCAGUCUCUUGGGUGGCCCACAUGACGGUUCAGGAGUUCUGGGACAAGACCAUCCCAGACAUUGUCCCCAGGUGGGAGUUUGGGGAAGCCCUCUUCAUUGGCUGGUUUGCUGGAUUUUCUCUUGUGCUAGGAGGAUGCCUGCUUCACUGUGCAGCCUGCUCAGCCCCAGCUCCUCGAGCCUCGGGCCACUAUGUAGUGGCAGGAAUGCAAGAUCACUGUCAACAACUGGAGAUGAAACACGGCAACCUGGAACCCUAAGCCCAAGGGAGCAGAAGCACAUACUCUUCAGGAAGUCCUGCUCAGUGCUGGAUUUGGUAGGACCUCCUGCUACAGUCACCCCUUCACUAUGAUUUUGA